CUCUGCCCCCUCCUGAGCCUUGUGGGCCGGGCAGCCAUUUUGGGAAGAGCUUUGUUAUGGUUGUGGGCUAGUCACCUCUGCUGGUCGGAGAAGCCGGGGACGCCUUCUUAGACGUCGCGACUCGCCCUUGACCGUAGCCCCGCCGCUGCCGGAUUGGUAGACUCAAGUGGCCUUUUUAAAGAUUGAGUAAUAAUGGAGAUGGACCCAAAUUAAAAAGUGAUUUCUUCAAUAAAGCAAUAGAAGAUUCUUCGUAUCACUUUUGGAAGCUCAGUUCAGUUUUUGGGAAGGAGGAAAACAAGUGAAAUACAGAAAAUUGAUAAGAAGAAACCCCCAUUUUGGAAUUCUCUUUCUCCUUGACCUUUAUCUUUUCUACUUAUAAUUUUGCUUUGAAUUUAUAUAUAGUAAAGACCAAAGAAGUAGGAUACAUAUUUAGUAGCUUUAUACCAAGAAAUUUGCCUUGAAACAAGCUGCUAUUCAGUGGCAGGAAAGAUAAAUCAAGUUUCUGUCUGAUUCCUUUCAAAAAUCAAAUAAACAAAAACCCCACCAAAACAAGAUUUCUUAUAUCUUUAGAUUUUGAAGUCUAAGACAGAUAAAAGAAAGAAUAUAUCCGCACACUGUUUUAAGCAGAUAAGAUUUGUGUUUUAAAGGCUUUUGUUGUGGAUAUUGUGCCAUUGGAAUUGAUUGUUCAGAAGAUCUCUUAUACUGCUUUACUAUUACAUUUUUGAUCUGUCACCUUGAUGACAUUUCUUGCACACACUUGAGACCACCUGUCUUUCUAGUUAUGACCUUGUUAUGAACAGUAUUUGCACUCAUUGUGCAAAUGUCCAAGUUUUGCCCUUUUAAGCAACAUCAUAGUGCCUUUACUCAGGGAAGUUGAAUGAGGUGAACGUAGACAUAGCUUUUCCCCCUUUCCCCCCUUUUUUAAAUGUAACAAAUAACUUUUUUAUGUUCCCCUUCCCCCUUCCCCUUCCCCUUCCCCCUUUGGAAACGUGUCAGGAACUAGGUAGUUGAGGAUGAGUAAUUGAGAGGAUUAAGAGAGUGAGCCACACAGAGCUGGGCUUCUUUGUGCUUCAUCACAAGGCGUGCUGCUGGCCAGGCUACUUAAGCACCCUUUUUACAAGAAAACCUCGUGGAAGAUACAGCUGGCAACUUUGGAAACAGGACCACAGAGGUGACACUCUGAGGAUCCUGGCCAUGAGGUUGGAUGCCUCAUCUUGCUGAAAAGACACUGGACCUAAAUGGCGCAGCAUGACUUUGUUCCUGCUUGGCUAAAUUUCUCAACGCCACAGUCAGCUAAGUCAUCUAUAGCCACCUUUGACAAACACGGAGAGCACCUAUCCCGUGGAGAAGGUAGAUUUGGAGUAAGCCGUCGUCGACAUAAUUCUUCUGAUGGCUUUUUUAACAAUGGACCUCUACGUACUACAGGAGAUUCUUGGCACCAACCCUCUCUAUUCCGCCAUGAUUCUGUGGACUCUGGUGUCUCUAAGGGAACAUAUGCUGGAAACACAGGGAAUCCAUCUGGUUGGCAUGGCUCUUCCCGAGGUCAUGAUGGCAUGAGCCAGCGGAGUGGAGGUAGCACAGGAAACCAUCGACACUGGAAUGGUAGCUUCCACUCCCGGAAAGGCUGCACCUUUCAAGAAAAACCACCAACAGAGAUUAGGGAAGAAAAAAAAGAGGAUAAAAUAGAAAAGUUGCAGUUCGAAGAAGAAGACUUUCCUUCUUUGAAUCCAGAAGCUGGCAAACAGAAUCAGCCAUGCAGACCUUUUGGGACCCCUUCUGGAGUAUGGGAAAACCCACCUAGUGCCAAGCAACCCUCAAAGAUGCUAGUCAUCAAAAAAGUUUCCAAAGAGGAUCCUGCCGCUGCCUUCUCUGCUGCAUUCACCUCAUCAGGAUCCCACCAUGCAAAUGGGAACAAAGUGUCAACCAUGGUCCCAAGUGUCUAUAAGAACUUGGUUCCUAAACCUGCACCACCUCCCUCUAAGGUAUGAGCUUUGAAAAACAGGUUUGAUAAUAAAUCAUAUACCAUUAUAUAUAUUUAUAUUUUCUGACAAAAUUAUUCAUUUAGAUACCCAGUCAGUGCCUGUUACAUGUAUAUAAUUAUACUCUCAUCACCAGACUCUAGUCCCUCCAGUACCACCCCUCCCAUUGAGAUCAGCUCCUCCCGCCUGACCAAGCUGACCCGCCGAACCACGGACAGGAAGAGUGAGUUCCUGAAGACUCUGAAGGAUGAACGGAAUGGAGACUGCUCAGAAAACAGAUACUGUGACAAGCUGGAGAGGUUGGAGGGCAGCCACACACCCGAACCAAAGGAAGAUGGAGAACAAGACUGUCUUCAGAAUGGACUUUCUCUACCCAUUGUGGAAGAAGGGGAGGUCCUGUCCCACUCUCUGGAAGCAGAGCACAGGUUAUUAAAAGCAAUGGGAUGGCAGGAAUAUCCGGAAAACGAUGAGAGUUGCCUUCCACUCACAGAAGAUGAGCUCAAGGAGUUCCACAUGAGAACAGAGCAGCUACGAAGAAAUGGGUUUGGAAAGAACGGCUUGUUGCUGAGCCGCAGUUCCAGCCUGUUCUCCCCGUGGAGAAGCACUCUGAAUGCAGAGGGUGAGGAUUCCGACACAGAAACAAGCAGCAGUGAGACGUCAGAUGACGAUGCCUGGAAGUAGAAAUAUAAGUGCUCACCGUUGACCUGCCCCACUGAGCUCAGCUUUGUGUUUAGAGAAUAUAAAAAGUGUUCUUUUCCUGUUCUUACGUUGUUGAAUACUUCAUGCACAAGGGAAAUAAUCAUAUCCCAAAGAGAGAACAAUUGUCUUGCUUAACUUUUGUUGUUAUUCUUUGUUAUCUGCUUAAUAGAGAGACAUCUGUGUGGUGGAAUUUUUAAGCACACACACAGUACCUGUGGGGCCGUGCACAAGUGGGAGCUGGCAGUGCAGAGAUGCAGGGAGAUGCUGCUCUGACCACAGCACCCACUACCAGCCCUUGGGCACUCACCCCUGUGCUCAAGCAAUCAUUGUCAAUGACAAAGUGACUAUUGAAGUUAUAAUUGUAUUAAAUUAAUGCUAAUAAUUUGGAUAUUUUAUUUUUGGCUGCUCGGGCAACUUAGCCCUUAACCAGGCAUAUGUGGUUGUUUUUGUUUUAUUUUUUUUGUUGUUGUUUUUUAUUUCUUUUUGGGUACAGCUGUAAAAUAUUUGGAUAUAGGAAAUGUUAUUCUUGCAGCCUUGAUAUUCAGGGUGGAUUGUAAAAUAUGAAUUUUGUGAGAUUUCAAAGAUUAAGAUUAUUUUGAUAACAUUAUUUACAGAUUUAAAAGAUGUGGUUGUCAUAAGUCUGUUGAGGGGAACUACUGCAUAAAAUAACUAACGUGGAAUAAAUAUUUUGCAUCAGUUUG